AUGAGCCCAUCCAACGUGCCGACAAACAUACCAGAAGCCGACCACGUGGCUGAUACCCUGGCCCAGGAAUGGAAAGAGGCAGAAUCCGCUCUACAAAUGACAAAAGAAAAAAUGGCAGGAUUGAAAGGAACCACACCGGAGUACUCUAUUGGCGAAAAAGUCUGGCUGGACGGAAGAAUGAGGUUAGGACCAUUUGAAAUCCUAGAAAAGAUCUCCAGCCACGCUUAUUGUCUAAAAUUACCGGAGACCCUGAAGAUCCACAACGUAUUCUACGUAGGGCUAUUGUCCAAAGUCCACGAAAACCCAAGCCAGCCAUUCCCAGAACAACCUCCCCCUGAAACAAUAGAGGGAGAAGAGGAAUACAAGGUAGAACAGAUCAUUGACUCCAAAAGACAACGGGGUAAAUGGUUUUACUUAAUCAAAUGGAAAGGAUAUGGACCCAAAGAUAACUCAUGGGAACCAGAGGAGCUACUCAAACAUAGUCAGGAGGAGAUCCAACGCUUCAACAAGUCGCGACUGAAAAAGGCUUGUGACUCCGCCAAGAGCCUUUAA